ACAACAGCCCCAGUCACUGUUUACGGCCACAGCCCCUCCUCUUAUUAAAAAAAGAGAGAAGCGCUCAAAUUUCCUGACUUCCUCUGUGGAGCAGACGUCCUCCCUUCGUCCUGCCGCUCCUCGUACGCCUCUCUGCACAACACAGGGUGGGUCGUGUCCCCGGUCCAAUCCAGACUUCCCGUCCUAAACCGAAGCGGACCCGCGGCAGACGCUGACCUGCGGCGUGCGAUUCUCCUUCUCCCCCUCAGUUCACUGGCAAUGGAGGGCGCAGAGCCAGCGGCUGGUGGCGCAACAACAGGAAGACGCGGGGACCCGGGGGCGGACGACGCGGUGCUGAUGUCCAGCAAGCCGCUGCACCGCUUCGUGCAGAGGGAGCCCGGGAGCCUCGGGAUCGUCCUGGUCGUGUGCGGCUGUGCGGAGAUCCUGAUGGGAUUCCACCUGGCCGCCGAACCGCUCGUGAGCUCCUAUAAGCUCUACAUCCCAAUCUGGGAGGGAGCACUGUUUCUUAUCAGUGGGAACCUGUCGAUCUACACUGAGAGACAGCCGUCCAAGAAGAUGGUGACCGUGACUUUGUCCAUGUAUUUGGUCUCCUUCUUUGGGGUCCUCGUCUCCUUCAGCUACAGGGUGUUCUGCUUCAGUUACCUCCACCACACCUCCCGAUGGCGGCACGGCGACUGGCUCUUCUACCAAACCAACCAGCUCGUCGCCGUCGAGGGCGUGCUGUUCGUCACCUCCGUGUGCGUGGGCGUGAUUCUCAUCUUCCUGAGCUGCGUUGCCCGUUUGGCACUAAGAUCCACAAGGACCCAGGUCAUUGUCCAUUGCGUCCCAGCGGCACCACAGAGCGAAACCACUACAGACUGAAUCAGCGUUCAAAAUAUCAUUCUGUAACAUCUAACACUUGUUUUCCUGGAUGUUACUCAAUUACUAAAACCUACUUAAAUCAACAAACACGCGCCACGUUCAGGAUAAUUCUACUUGUGUCUACACAUGAACGGUGAUAUAGAUCUGCUGUACAUAUACUGUGAAUGUGUAGAAGACGUGUUUGGGCAUAGACACGUUUAGCUUUGGUUAUUUGCUUAGUGAAUGUGAUGAUUAUUAUGAAACAAAUUUCAUGUAAAAAAAAAAAAUGGGUUGAGUUUUUCCUAGAAUAAAUGUGGAAGUAGUUCAGGAACCGGA